AUGUGGGCCCCCAACAACAGCACCCAUUUCUACUCUCCUGCAUUUGUCCUGCUGGGGGUCCCGGGGCUGGAGGAGGUGCAUGGGUGGCUCUCCAUCCCUUUCUGCGCUGGGUUCCUGGUUGCUCUUCUGGGGAACUUCACCAUCCUCUCUGUGGUGAAGACGGAGGCCAGCCUCCACCAGCCCAUGUUCUACUUCCUCUGCCUGCUCUCCUUCGUCGACCUGGGCCUCUCCAUCUCCACCCUGCCCAAGAUGCUGGCCAUCUUCUGGUUUGGCCUGGGGGGGAUCCCGUUUGACGCCUGCCUGGCCCAGAUGUUCUUCAUCCACACCUUCACGGGCAUGGAGUCGAUGGUGCUGCUGGCCAUGGCCUUCGACCGGUACGUGGCCAUCUGUGACCCGCUGAGGUACUCCACCAUCCUCACCCAAGACACCGUGGUCUGGAUAUGCCUGGGCAUCACUCUGAAGCCGGCCUGCCUGAUAUUCCCCAUGACGGUGAUGUCAAAACGCCUGCCUUUCUGCAGCGCCCACCUCGACAUGCCCCACACCUACUGCGAGCACAUGGGCAUCGCCAAGCUGGCCUGCACGGACAUCCGCGCCAAUGUUUUCUAUGGCCUUUGGGUAGCCUCCUUCCUUGUGCUGGAGUUGAUCCUCAUCGCCGCUUCCUACGCGAAGAUCCUGCAGGCCGUUUUCCGGCUCUCCUCCAGGGAGGCCCGGCUGAAAUCCUUGAGCACCUGCAGCUCCCACAUUGCUGUGAUUUUUGUCUUCUACACGCCGGCUUUAUUCUCCUUCCUCACCCACCGCUUCGGACACAACAUCCCCCUCUUUGCCCACAUCCUCAUCGCCAACCUCUACGUCAUCCUGCCCCCCAUGCUCAACCCGGUCAUCUACGGCGUGAGGACCAAGGAGAUCUGGACACGGGUGCUCCAAAUCCCAAAGCUUCAGAUGAAGUUGCGUUUUGUGUGGAUCUAA